AUGGAGAACUACACAGAGGAGAAGGCCAGUCGCAUCAGAGCGGACUAUGAGAAGAGAUUAAAGGAGAUGAACAGAGACCUGAUGAAGCUGCAGACGGCCCAGAAGGAGCAUGCGCGCCUCAUCAAGAAUCAGACGCGAUACGAGAGGGAGCUCAAGAAGCUGCAGGCAGAGGUGGCCGAGAUGAAGAAAGCAAAGGUGGCGCUGAUGAAACAGAUGAAGGAGGAGCAGCAGCGGCGCCGCUUGGUGGAGGCCAAGAGGAACAGAGAGAUCGCACAGCUGAAGAAGGAACAACGCAGACAGGAAUACCAGAUUCGUGCUCUUGAGUCUCAGAAGCGUCAACAGGAGUUGGUGUUGCGUCGUAAGACACAGGAGGUCACUGCUCUCAGGCGAUUGGCUAAGCCCAUGUCGGAGCGCGUGGCGGGCCGGUUGCCUAGGAGACCGCACAGCGCCGACUCGGGGGCGGAGCUCUCGGCGAGCACGGCCACCUCCUCGGAACCCGAGUCCUCCGCACGUUCCGUAUCCAGCAUCGUACGCCAGUGGAACACCAAGCUCAACGGUUACCUAGGAGACACGGGAAGCAGCGGUCGCAACGCCAGCCGUAAGAAGUUCCAGCGUAAGGGUGUGGUGAGCAGCUCGACUCCGUUCUCCAAGUCGGCGCGUCAGAAGUGGCAGACACUCGAGAGACGCGUCACCGACAUCGUUAUGCAGCGCAUGACCAUCAGCAACGUGGAGGCGGACAUGGACCGACUCAUUAAGGUAACACACACACACACACACACCCACACACACAUGAUGACCAUCAGCAACGUGGAGGCAGACAUGGACCGACUCAUUAAG